AUGAGUUCUUUUAGAAAAGAUUACGACGUUGAACAUUACAGAGAUAAAGCGAAGGAAGAAGAACAGAGAGCCAGAGCAUUUGCGAAAGAAAACGAAGAGCGUAUAUCGAAAGGUCAAAAGCCACUGUCUAGAUCUGCAUUUGAGCAACGUAAAGGACCAAAACCAACUCAAAAGCUACAACAGCGUGAUGAUCCAUUAGAAUUAGAUAAGAAUACAAAUAAAACGGUUGUAGUUGCACAAGGUACACGUCAGAAUCAACCUGGGUUUUAUUGUGAAGCUUGCUCUCGUACUUAUAAAGAUAGUGCAUCGUACCUCGAUCACAUUAACUCAAGAGCCCAUCUUCGUAAAUUGGGUCAAACUGUUGAUACAGAGCGUAGUACACUACAACAGGUACAGGCGAGGAUAGCUUUGCUAAGGGAGCGGACUAGGGAAGCUUCACAGAAGAAAGAAUAUGACUUCAGGCAGCGCGUUGCAGAUAUUAGACAAGCGGAGAUAGAUAAAAAGACAAACAAGCGUAAAAAUAAAAAAGCUAAGACUGCUAUCGAGAAUACUGAAAGUGGGGACGUCGAUGAAGAAAGUGUUGAAAUGGCACGUAUGAUGGGAUUUACUGGUGAGUAUAUAAUUCGUCCUUCAAUUUUGGCUGAUUUAGGUAGGUUUUGGUAA